GUGCACAGCUCUCUAGCAAUGGCUUUCUGGACGGCAGUUCUCUGUGCGCUGUUAGUCUCAAUUCUCGGUGGGCUCUAUCUCCUGGGAGCGUUUCGAAGGAGGAGACCCACGGAGCCGCCACUGGAUAAAGGCCACAUUCCGUGGCUGGGGUACGCACUGGAUUUCAGAAAGAACAGCGCAGCGUUCCUGAAAAAGAUGCAGAGGAGACACGGGGACAUUUUCACGGUGCUGAUUGGAGGCUACUACUUCACCUUCCUAAUGGACCCCCUCUCUUUCGGAGCCAUAGUGAAGGCGCCAAGAGCCAAACUCGACUUCGAGGCGUUUGCAGUAGAACUGGUCGCCAGGGUUUUUGGGUAUCACCCGUGUAAAAGUGACCAUAAGAUUAUUCAGGUGUCAAGCACAAAACACCUGAUGGGAGAUGGACUAGUGGUCAUGACUCAAGCCAUGAUGGAGAAUUUGCAGACCCUCAUGUUUCACAACAGGGACUCAGGAGAAGAGAGACCCUGGCACCAGGAUGGGCUCUUCCACUACAGCUACAACAUUGUCUUCAGAGCUGGCUACCUGGCUUUGUUUGGAAACGAGCCAGGCACAGGCACACAGAGUGAGGAGAAAGCCAAGGAGCGUGAUCUUAUCCAGUCCGAAGAGCUGUUUGAUGAGUUCCGGAAGUACGACCGCCUCUUCCCCCGCCUGGCCUACGCCGUGCUGCCCCCAAGGGAUAAAAUGGAAGCGGAGAGGCUGAAGAGGCUCUUCUGGAAGGUGCUUUCUGUGAAGAACAGUCGUGAGAAGGAUAACAUGAGCGGGUGGAUAAGCGACCAAGAACAGUUCCUGGCAGAGCUUGGGGUGCCUGAGUACAUGCGGGAUCGGUUCAUGUUUCUGCUUCUCUGGGCGGCCCAAGGCAAUACGGGCCCAAGCUCUUUCUGGCUUCUCUUGUAUCUCAUGAAGCAUCCCGAAGCAAUGCAGGCUGUGAGGGAAGAAGUGGACAAAGUUUUAGGAGAGGCUGGUCAGGAAGUGAAGCCAGGCAGCCCCGUGGUUAACAUCACCAGGGACAUGUUAAUGAAAACCCCUGUUCUGGACAGCGCAGUGGAGGAGACCCUGCGCCUGACAGCAGCUCCCAUUCUGAUCAGAGCAGUGGUUGAGGACCUGAAUCUCAAGAUGGCCAAUGGCAGGGAAUACGCCCUCCGCAAAGGGGACAGGGUAGCCCUGUUUCCCUACGUCGCAGUGCAGACGGACCCUGAAGUCCAUCCUGAGCCUCACACCUUCAAAUACAACCGGUUCCUGAACCAAGAUGGCACCAAAAAAGAUUUCUACAAGAAUGGGAAAAAGCUGAAAUACUUUAACAUGCCCUGGGGGGCAGGAACCUCAAUCUGUCCUGGACGGUUCUUUGCUGUCAAUGAAAUAAAACUGUUUGUGUUCCUGAUGUUGUCUUACUAUGACUUGGAGCUAGUUAACGAGAAAGAAGAGAUCCCUCCGAUAGACGUGAGCCGAUGGGGAUUUGGUUCGAUGCAGCCCACUCACGAUGUCCAGUUUAAACAUCGUCUACGUAUUUAAUGUGAAAACGUGACCCUCUUCUGCUGCAUCCCUGUUGUGUUCUGGCUCCAUAAUUCAGUCAGGAGGGACUGAUUUGUCAAGAGAUUGGUCUGUGUAAAGCUCUUCCAUACGUGUCAUAGCCUCUUAGAUGGUUGUUAUGACAUUUCUCUUUAUCAGGCAACACAGCACUGCUCAGAAGGUUAAUGUUUAAUCUACUACAUGUUGCUGUUACCUUGGAACUCAGACUCACUGCAGAAAUUCCCUUAUCUCCUGUUCCAGACUUGUGAGGAGCUGUGUAAGUGAAUGCCUGCUGACAUGCAAAGAAAACAAGAGUGUUAGUGUAUUUCCUGAAGGAAAAUAGGAACAAGGAGAGUUUCCUUAGCAUGGAUUUAUGGGUUUUUAUUUCUUCCACUCUUCUUAUUGUAAAUCUGAAAUGUCUGACUGUGCAUUCAGAAAUAUAUUGAAUGGUCAUAGGACAAAUACAUUCUUUAUACAGGGGUUAGGAACAAAGAUUCUGGGGAUUAAUUUAAAAUUGUCUUGACUAUAAUCCUGCUGUACUUUGCUAAAUUUUAUUUUUAUUAAAAGAAUGCUGUCAGCCUGUUUAGGUCCCAGGAAUUAUUCUUCUUAAAGCAGAGAUUGUAUUGGGAAUGAAUCUGGCAAUUUGACAUAGUGGCAUUUUCCUAGGACUCACUUCUCUCCUCCCAACACUCUGCUUGAUAAGAAAAUGGAACAAUCCAGAGGUCUUACCCGUUUCAUUUGGCUGCUCCACUUAAGUGAGCAGGAAAGGGGCUUUUACAAAUAUAUCAGAGCAAAAAGUAGUGAAUGUAAAAUUUUCAAAAGUGCCUAAGUCCCAUUUUCAGUGGCUUAGCGACCUAUGGACAGAUUUUUUAAGGUAUUUUCAAAAUCUUAGCUGCUUUUGGAAAUUUUACUCCUAGAAAAGUAGUUCCAUUGAUAAAUUAGGAGGGGAAUAAAGUUAAGGAGGAAUCACAAAUAAGUGAGAUAUUCUGCUCCUUUUCUAAAUCUAUCCUCAGGAGUAAAAGUCUGUACAAUUAGGAAGCAAUGAAAGACAAGCUUUUUAAAAUAGCUCUUGAUAAAAAAUUGGAAAAUUUGAACAUACACAAAUCAGUCAGUCCAGAUGACAGGUAACAUUUUCACCCAACUCCCCUCAGCUCAUGCGUUACUUAUUUGGGCUCUCAUUUAACAUUUCCCUAUGAUUUUACUGGGAAUAGAAGUGAAGCUAACUGGACAUGUAUGGUCAGAAUCACUCUUCUUACUUCUUUGCCCUCAAAGAAAAUUUUACAUGAUGUUCCUAGGCUGUUAAAGGAAUGAACUAUAAAGCUUAGUGAACAAUUGACAAUUGGUUUUAAGAAGUUAUGAAGAUCUGGGGAGGUAGCAGAAAACUGGGCAAAAGGAAAUGUGGUAUGACGUGUCCAAAGAGGUAAAAAGAGUGUUCCUGACCAUUCAUGUUUAGUAAGGUUAACUUUUAUUCCUUGUAAAAUAAUAAACACAUAUUAAGAGAAGAAUCACUAAUCACCUACAGGCAAUAAGCAGAAAACGUUUGGAAGGAAUGAGAGAGUUGGUUGGAGGCAGGACUUGACUUGUGUUUAGAAAAACUUACAAUUCAGAACCAUUAAGCUGUGCCAAUAGCUGCCCAUAGGUAAGCAUGUAAUCUUAUUACUGUUAUCAUCAGCAUCCCAUCCCACUCCCCUCCUCUUGUUUGUUACCUGGACUGUGAUUUAACAAAGCUGUUAAGCAAGUGCUUAACUGUAAGUCAAGAGAUUUAAGCACCUGCUUAAGUGCUGUGCUGAAUCAGGGCUCACUUGAGGAACUAACAAGAGAGGGAAGAUGAUGGAACAACAGCAAGAUUACAAGGUUAGGAAGGCACAAUGGGAUGCUUUUAAAUCAUGUAUAUUUUUAUCUGCAGCCUCCCACUGGCCCUCUCACAUCUGGUGAGUUCUGCUCCUGAGGCCUUAUUUACAGGAGAUGUUACUGUACAGCAAGCCAAAGUGUGAACAUAAGAACGGCCAUACUGGGUCAGACCAAGGCCCAUCUAGCCCCAGUAUCCUGUCUCCCGACAGUGGCCAAUGCCAGGUGCCCCAGAGGGAAUGAACAGAACAGGUCAUCACAGUGGUGGAUUUAGAGUUAGUGGGACCCAGCCAAGAAAAAGAACAUUCUCUCUUAUUUCCCCCCCGCCCCCGGUUUUCAUUCUUUAUUUCUCCAUCCUCCUCCUAUAAAUCAUAGGAAGUAAAUGAAAAUAAAGUGAGGUACCUUGGUUG